AUGUACUUCCACGUCUUCAAACGUUUCUAUGCCGUCGGAGGAGCCUCUGCCAGGCUAGGAAGGCCUAGCAACAACCUUACCAGUGGUAUAGUAGGGCUCGCGAAUGUGGGCAAGUCGACUUUCUUUCAAGCCAUCACCAAUUCUAGUCUGGGGAAUCCUGCCAACUACCCAUUUGCAACAAUUGAGCCCGAGCAGGCUAAGCUUAUAGUACCAUCGAAACGACUGAAUCAUCUGCAGAACCUAUAUAAGAGCAGCAAGAAGGUGCCUGCUACUUUGACUAUUUUCGACAUCGCAGGGCUUACUAGAGGAGCAUCGAAAGGCGAGGGACUCGGUAACAAAUUUUUGAACGACAUCAGACACGUUGACGGCAUCUUCCAGGUCAUUCGAGGCUUUAAUCAAGAGGACAUCACGCACAUUGAGGGCUCAGUGGACCCUGUUAGAGACUUGAGCAUCGUCCAGGAUGAACUGGUGCUGAAAGAUCUGGAGUUCUUAGAGGGCAUACGAGAGAAAUUGGAGCGUAAGAUGUCGAAAACGGCCCGCAACUCUGCCGAGUAUAAAUUGAUGGCCACCGAAGUUGAGCUUUUGGACGCCCUCGAAGAACACAUGUAUGAGGGCAAGAAAAUAGUACAUUUCCGAUCCCAUUGGAGCCAGGAAGAGGCAGAUCUUUUGAACAAACACAAUUUCCUAACAGCCAAACCCGCUUUGAUGCUGCUGAAUGUGAGUCCGAGAGACUACUUGCUACAAAGAAACGAAUACAUGCACGACGUCAGCAAAUGGAUCGCGGAAAAUUCACCUGGCGACAAACUAAUGCUGUUUAGCGCCGAGUUCGAGACGAUGUACAACCAGUUUGAAGCAGCAAAUGAUCGUGACGGGCUUGAGAAAUACUGUCGCUCACUCGCGCCGGAAUUCGGUGAAGAAUCGGGUCCCGAAUCCUGUCUGCCGAAGCUCAUUGUGGAAAUGCGGAAAAGUCUUGGCUUGAUUAGCUUUUUUACUUGUGGACCAAUUGAGGCAAGACAAUGGACCCUGAGAGAAGGUAGCUUGGCGCCGCAGGCGGCUGGUGUCAUACACACGGAUCUGGAAAAGACAUUUAUUUCUGCAAGCGUCAUCAAAUACGCAGACCUGAAGGACAUGGCACCGCCGAUCAAGGAGUCCCAGUUGAAAGCUCAGGCGUUGGUGAAGAGGGGUGGUAAACAAUACGUCGUAGAGGAUGGAGAUGUCGUGCUGUUCAAAGCAGCUAAGGGUAACUCAAGGUAA